AUGUCGAUGCAGCCUCCCCAGCAGAAGCACCCGAGGAGCAGGCGGGCAGAUCAGGCUCGCCGCCGCGAAGGCCGGGACCCAAAUAGCUCGCAGGACGCUAGCGAGGAAGACAACGACGUUUCCGACGUGGGAUCUCUGAUCUCGGUGAAAACACCCAGCCUCACCCCGUCCACUGCCAGCAGCCCCCGUCUUGGCACCAGCAACCACCGCAACACGACUGCUCCCCCCGUCGGGCUCUCUCUGAACGCGAUGCUCCGCCGGAACGAGCGCUUCAACGACCCCAGCGAGAGCGAAGGUCUCGAAUACGACGGCGACAUUGAGUCUUCCUCGACGAUCGGCACGCCUGUUCGCUCAAACGGACCGCAGCAGCGCCGCAACUCGUCCCCGAGUCCCACGCCGCAAGGCAACUCGUCGUCGCUCGCUCGCGCUCCCACGCCCAAGGCGCGCACUAUGCGCCAGCUGAUCGAGCAGGAGGGACCAUGUGAGCCGCCUCGUGACGUGCCCGUCGCGGACAGCGUCUCGCUGGCGCACCCGUACAAGGCCCACCUGACGGGCAAGAAGGCGAGUGCCGAUGGACCUCCGCGCAUGUGGAAGCGUCAGCCGGAGCUGUCGGUCGAGGACAUCCGGGCGUUUGUGCAGCGUGCGAUCGACGGUGAGGGAGCGGUUGACGGCUUUGAGCGCGACUGGCGGACGGCGCCUCCGCCGCAGGACCGCCCGGUCCGCAUCUACGCCGACGGUGCGUACGACCUCUUCCACUUUGGCCACGCUCUGCAGCACCGCCAGGCCAAGCUCUCCUUCCCUCACGUCUACCUCAUGGUCGGUGUGUGCUCCGACGCGCUCUGCGCCGAGCACAAGUCUGCCCCGGCAAUGACGCACGCGGAGCGCUGCGAGGCGGUCCGCCACUGCCGUUGGGUCGACGAGGUGAUCCCCGACGCACCCUGGGUCGUCGACGAGGAGUUCAUUGAGCGCUACCAGAUCGACUACAUUGCGCACGACGAGGCCGUCUACCCCUCCAAGGACUACGACGACGUGUACAAGUACAUCAAGGCAUCGGGCAAGUUCCUCCCGACACGCCGCACGCCGAGCAUCUCGACGAGCGAUCUCCUCGAGCGCAUCGUCCGCGGAUACCGUGAUGGUUUCUUCGACUCUAAGCUGGAGAAGAACGGCCAGACGGACCUCCUCGCAGCCGAUGUCGACUGGGACAGCGACAGGAGCGUCGAGCGUCGUGAGAGGCGUCGUCUGGGCGCGCUCACGAAGCACAAGAAGAGCGCGUAA